GCAAAGGAGAAAAGAGCCAGCGAAACUUAUGAUUAAUGAGUUGACAUGACACUACAAUAUUUUGAAGAUUCCUGGCAGCCAAGAUUCCUUGUCCUAAAAAUGGAAUAAUCAUUGCUCCCCUUCUCCUUUCCGUUCCCAGCAUGCCUAUUUGUGUCACGUUUAGACGUGUCCCCCGUUCUCUUUGGAACACGAUCUGGGCUAGAAUUCCGGCCUUAGAACGUAGCGUUCCCCAGCAUUCGAUGCCUUCCUGCACUGAAGAUCUUUGCGUUCUAUUUUAGAAUCUUCGAUGUCCCGAACAUUCUGUGACCUAUAAGCUGAUCAAAAUGAGUAGCGGCGCCGGCGGCGACAGCGGCCGAGGGAAGGAGCAGAGUGUGGGACACGAGAGUAACGCGGGCAGCUCCCUCCGCACGUACCCGAAGUUGCCAGUUUGGGUGGUGGAAGAUCAUCAUGAUGUUCUUCCCUUCAUUUACCGAGCUAUUGGCUCAAAACAUCUUCCUGUUAGCAACAUCAGCUUUGUUCAUUUGGACUCCCACCCAGAUCUCCUUAUUCCAGUGGACAUGCCUGCAGAUACUGUGUUCGACAAAGAAGCUCUGUUUAGUGAACUAAGCAUUGAAAACUGGAUUAUACCUGCUGUUUAUGCAGGUCAUUUUUCACAAGUAAUAUGGCUACAUCCAGAUUGGGCUCAGCAAAUAGAGGAAGGAACUCAUCAUUUUUUGGUGGGCAAAGAUACCUCUACUACUACAAUAAGGGUUACAAGCACAGAUGCUUACUUCCUUUCUGAUGGUCUCUAUGUCCCCGCUGAUCAACUGGAGAACCAAAAAUCUUUACAUCUGAGUGUGUGCCUUGUGAAUCCCUCCAAAGCUUCUGGUGACUGGGAAGGCAACCAAGCUCCAGGUUCCGCUAAGAAGUGCAAAUUAAGUGUGGAUGAUGCAGGUGAUGCCUCUUCAUCAAAAGACUCUGCCGACACAACCCACAGUUGCACAGGUGGACUGUCUGGUGGCUUUGAAAAGAGUAUCUCUGGGCAUGAGAAGCCAAGCAAUUUCCACGUUCCCUCUGCCUCUGGUUCCACAGGAAAACACCAGUCUCAAAUGAUAGAACUUGUCCAAGACAUUCUCCAAGUUCUUCAGAAGGGCACUGCUUAUGUUUUAGAUAUUGACUUGGACUUCUUUUCAGUUAAGAAUCCUUUCAAAGAAAUAUACACACAGGAAGAAUACAAACUCUUACAAGAACUGUACAGUUUUAAGAAGCCUAAAAGCAAUUUAUCAGAGGACGAGUUGGUUGACUGCGUAGAGAAUCGCACACACCAGCUAGAAGACCUAGAAGCAGCUUUUGCUGAUUUAUGCGAUGAUGACACUGAAGAAAACCUGAAAAGAUGGGCUGCAAAUCCUGGAAUGAAACCUCUAGUUCCACUUGUGCAUAAUUUGAAAGAUCGAAUGGGAACUCCAGAUUAUGAGAUGGUUCAUCAGGCUGGCCUUACAUGUGAUUACUCAGAAAUACCUCAUCAUGUUAGCACCGAAGAAGAGAUAGAGAGUUUUGUACAGUCGAUACAACAUCUCUUGGGAAACUUACCGAAACCAACACUUGUGACCAUAGCCCGAUCCAGCUUGGAUGACUACUGUCCGGCAGAGCAAGUUGAGUUCAUACAAGAGAAGGUCUUGAAUGUACUUCAUUUGGUAUAUGGCACCCUGGAUAUUCAUUUGGAAUACUUGGAAAAUGUAUGUCCCACCGAAACAGAAUUUGCAUCUACGGCAUGAACAACAUGACCAUACUUUAUGGGUGUAAAAAAAAGAGAGAGAGACUGAUACUACAAAAAGUAUUGUGCUUUGCUUUCUGUGGAGUGGUAAUUCUUAAAGAAGUGUUUUAUGAAGCUGGAUUGGGUUUGUAGCACUUAUUGAUGAUACUUGCGAUCCCAACCCAUUUCUCUUUUUUUUAAAAUUGAAUUGUUUUUCUGCUAUUGCUGUGUAGAUUACUUCUCCAUAUUUCUUUGCUUAAGAAUGUGAUGCAGAAUUUUGGAUAUGGAAAAGCUAGCAGAGAAAAUUAAUUUCCCUUCUGUUUGUAUCUAGUUGCCAUAAGUCAAAAAACCCCACAAGUCUGAACUGUAUGUUUUAGGAAUACAAACAUACAUACAUACAUACAUACAUACACACACACACACACACACACACAUACAUAUAUGUCUUUUAAAAUACUAUAUAUGUGUGUGUGUGUGUGUGUGUGUGUGAUUUCAAGUUGAAAGUAUCUAUCUUAAGGGUGAAGCACACCUGCCCAAAUGCGAAGCAAGAUUUUCUCAAGUAUUUUGAAAGUGUUUUGUCUCAAAGCAAGAUAUUUUGCACUUGAAAUACAAUGGUUCCAAGCUUUUGGAAUGCCCGACACUGGAAAUGGUUCUUUUGCACUCGAAAUUGGCAUUACAAAUUUGAAAUUGAGAAUUUCAGGUUCAGAACCUCUAAUGCAUUUUCAAAUACUGUAUGUACUUUUUAUUAUUUCUGGAGUAUGCUACUUUUGGUGGCAGUGAGGGUCGUAGUCUUAUCAUCCAUUGCCUUACAAAUCUUAGGUUAAUGAUUCUCAAAUUGUAUUAAAGAGAGAGAACCCAAUUGUCAAGCUUAGUAAUAAUAAUUUAUUAAAUUUAUAUGCUGCCCAACUCCCAUUACAA